GCGCCGGGACCCCCCCGGAGCCCCCCCGGGCUCCCCCGAGACCCGCGGGGCCCCCCGGCCGCCAUGGCGGGGCAGGCGCAGGAGCCGAUGACCUUCGAGGACGUGGCGGUGUUCCUGAGCCGGGCCGAGUGGGACGCGCUCACGGCGGGGCAGCGGGAGCUGUACCGGGAUGUUGUGUCUGACACCUACGAGCUGCUGACCUCCCUGGGUUAUUCAGGCCCCAAGCCCGACAUCCUGCACCGGUUGGAACGUGGGGAAGAGCCGUGGAUCUGCUCAUCCCCAGGACAUGUUGGGAGCUGGCUGGAGGAGCCUUCCUCUGGUGGGUGGCCCAGAGCCAGUGGGCACCAGGGGCUGGAGACCUCAUGUCCAGGAUGGAGCACCUUGUGGUUUCUCCAGGGCAGGAGCUUCCAGAAGAAGUUUGGCUGUCACGAGGGAAGGAGUGAAGUCCCGUCGGAAGCAGAUAUUGGAGUAGGGAGCCAAGCCCAGCCAUGGCUUGUGAAGGAGGAAGUGGAGGAUAAACCUGGACUCACAGAAGACAUAACCCACAGUGAGACAUUUUCGCUUCAUUCCCUAAUGGAGCAGCAGAGCCUGAAUCCUUGGGAACAGCUGUGGGAUGGCCCUGGAGAGAGGAGUCAAGGGAAUGCCCAAAACCAUGGACACACCUUGGGAGAGGCGACGCUUCUCCCGAGAACCCGGGAGCUGCGGGUGGAGGAGCUGAGAGCGGCGGUGGCGAAGGACCACGGCUACUGCCUCCGGAGUGAGCCAGGCACGCCCUGCACCCCCCCGCCCUGCUGCCUGUGGGAACACAACUACUGCCAGCAGCACCAGGCCGGGAGGAGCUGCGAGGCCGGGAGGAGCCAUGAGGUCAUGGACGGGAGGAACUGCGAGGCCGGGAGGAGCCGCAAGGACGGGAGGAACCACGAGGCCAAGAGAAGCCACGAGGACGGGAGGAACCACAAGGCCAAGAGGAGCCAUGAGGACAGGAGGAGCCACAAGGACGGGAGGAACCGCAAGGUCAAGAGGAGCCGUGAGGCCAGCACCACCCGGGCCAUGCGCCGCCGGGUGGCGCGGCGGCAAUUCCACUGGGGCAGGACGUUCCGGAGAGCCAGGGAGAUCCUGCGGCGCUACCAGCCCUACUGGAGGUUGGGGUUUCCGUGGAGAGACCGCUCCAGCUCCAGUGGCGCCGCGCAGGGGGCGAACCCUGCGGUUUGUCCUCCGACGAAUGAAGCCGCGCCACGCCGGCUCCAGGGCGCCGGGAAUGCUGAGGGGGAGACAUUGGACACACAGUGUGCCCCAGAGGGGAUUGUGGGAACUGGAGGUUCACCCCCUGCCCUAAUCCUGGAUGCAGGGAUGGGGAAGAGAGCAAAGCCUCUGGAGCAUCCUGGUGCCAGACAGGAGCUUGAAGGAUGUGCUGCACCCCAGAAAUCGCAGGAGGUGUCGCUCCAGGACGUGUUCCGGAAUGUGCUGAAGGCAGUCAGGUACAUACUGGACUCCAUGUGCCAGAAGUUUGAGCUCCAGGGGGUCUCCCAAGGGAAGAGCAUCUGGCCCAUUAUCAUCCAGAUUGACAACUUGACUGAGAUCAGGAAGCACUGACUCCUGGGGAAAACUUGAAUUGGAUUCCCUGAGGCACAGCACUCAAUCCCCCCCAUUUCUGGGGGUUUCAGUAGGAAAAACGUGGCAGAUGUGGAUUGGGGAAGGUGAAACUGGGAAUGUGGGGCCUGCCCUGAACUGGGAUUGAUUGAGAGGCUUUGGAGAAAAGCAGUGGGAAAGAGGAGGAUUCGUGUGGCUCAAAGGAGGAAAGAAGGAAAAGUGAACAUGG